AUGCAAAACAGUCAACUGUUGUUUUGCAUUCUGAUCUUCUUUACUCUCAACCGGUGUAUCAAUACGACUCAUUUCGAAGGUGGAACCAUUACUUACAAGCUUUUAAAUACAUCAGGCUCGACCAUUUCGAUCCUUCUUAUCCAAAAUUAUAUAUAUGAUUACACAAAAAUUUAUUGUAAUGACUCAAUGAUUGCUAAUCAAUCACCAAAGUUGGAUCUUGCAAGUUAUUUGGAAAGUAGCUCAUCCGUUGCAUGUAUUCAAUACUGCAAUCAAUCGGGUGGAUAUACUGCACAGCCAGUCAUUUCAUAUUGUACAGAUUAUUCAGUGAGUCUUGGUAUGACUAUAGGUCAACGUUCAGAUCGACUCGAUCUAGCCAACGGAUCGUACUUUGUGGUUUCUUUUCAAAGUGCAUCUUGGCGACAGUUGACACUUCCAUCUAAUUCAACAAGCACUAACACACAAUGGAGUAUUACAUGUUUAAUUAAUUUACAAAUGAGAGCAGAUGGAACUUUUAAUCAUCCGCCUUCGAGUGCAAUGAUUUCGCCCAUUUAUGUACCUGUCGGUGUUCAACAAGUUAUCACAAUACCAACAAUUGAUAGUGACAAUGAUGACGUAAGAUGCCGAUUUGCCAAUGGAUCGUCUGAAUGUGGAAGUGCAUGUCCGCCGGCAACAUUACCAUCCGGAACCACUUUAUAUUCAAAUUGUACGUUACUCAUCACAGGUUAUGCUGUGGGAGACUGGUAUGCUAUUGCAAUUCAAAUCGAAGAUUAUAUCAAUUCCACUUCCAGAGCUCCUCUUAGCAUGGUUCCACUUCAGUUCUUGAUUAAUGUGCAAGCAGUUUCUUCUUGUACAACUCGUCCUCUGCUUACAAGUGCAGCAUCCCAGUCUGGAAAAUGCGUUGCCAUUCAAGUUGGCCAGCCGUAUUCAAUUCAAUUAGUCGCUCAAAACUUCUGUCCAAGCACAACCACGAUCAAAGAUAUUGCUACUCUUUCUUUUCCAAUUGUUGUUAAAAAUACAAUUGUAAAAAAUACAUCGACUUUAUGGUCAGUAUCAUUGACAUGGACACCAACAGCCACUUCUGUAGGAUCACAAGUUCUUUGUGCUGUUGCAGUCGAUAGUAAUAAUGUUCAAUCAAACCAAUAUUGUACGACAUUUUCAGUUUCGAAUGACCCUUCUGCAUUAUGUCCUGGACAACAAGCACAUCGACAUCAACGUCUACAACUACUACGACAACAACCACGUCUACAUCCACCACCACCACUACAACAACUACAACAUCGACCACCUCAACCACAACGUCUACUACUACCACCACCACCACCACAACAACAACUACAACAUCGACCACCUCGACCACGACGUCUACCACUUCAACCACAACGUCCACCACGUCUACAACCACCACCACCACUACAACAACUACCACCACUACUACCACAACUACAACAACUACAACCACUACUACUACCACAACUACAACGACGACCACGACUAGGCAACCAGACCCCAGCUCCUCAGUUUCCAUGGCCAUUGUUCGGUUCGAUUCUCGGUGUUCUCGCUUUACUAUUACUUACACUCGGUAUUUGUUUCUGCUGUUUAACCUGUUGUCCAAAGUGUUGUUUAUGUUGCCCAUUUAAACGUCGCAAGGGCCAUCCAGCGAAACGUGGGCCGGCUGCAAAUAGUAAUCUACCAAGACGUCUAGUCGAUUAUUAUAUAGUUGACAGUUCCUUUGGCAAACCAUCAUCUGCAAAUGGUAACAUUUCUGACAGCAACCGCUCAGUUAGCACAAUCAGCAAUCGAACUAUUGAUGAUGUUCAGAUGAACGUUCUUUCCAGUGCACGAAGCGAAAAACGACUUCCACACUAUGCUACUCCUCUCAAACGAUCGCCAAGAGUUGCGCCAUUGCCUUCUCCAUCGAUUAGUUUUUCUUCUACAGCGCGAAUAAUACCAUCGGAAUAUGUUUUCGGUGGUCGACAAUCUUUGAACACUAGCCCACGAUUUAUAAAUUGA